GCAGAUAGUUCAGUUCCAAGCGAUCGCGCGGGCAAAGCACAUGUGUGCAAUCGAUCGGGCGAGCGAGUGUAACGGUGGCAUAACUAAGUGAAGCUUCAACGUAAUCGUGUCUUCAUAUACAGCUUUUUGUUGCUGUUAUUUUAUGGGCGCGUGUGCCGUAAAAGUCGAGAGUCAUUCAAAUAUCCAUUUUGAAAAAUCGAAGCCGAGCUGGAGCCAAAUCCAUUCCCGCAACAGGAAGUUGUAUCUUUGAAUGUCACGUGUACUGCCGUCGUUGUUGUUAGCUCGCCGCUAGUGAGUUUUGCUUUGUUGUUGUGUUCGAAUUUUCACGUGUGCAAGUGAGGAAAUUACAGUUGCAAUGUGAAGCGCUGGAAUGAGUGAAAGAAAACUUAAUGCCAAAUAAAGUUAUUGUGUAAGCUAACGGGUAUUUUUGUGAAAGAUACAACAACAGCACCAACAAUAGUUAUGCAAGUUUUUUCUUGCAAUCAAGGCAAGUCGUGAAAACAACAGUUUUGAAAAUUUAUGCGAAAUUGAGAGGUGCGAAGCUUCGAAAGUUGUGAAAAUCUGAGAUUUGCCGUAAGUAAAACAGGAAAUUAUACAAAUUUGUGCGAUAAACUUUAGACACUAAAAAUAUAUUAAACUCUAGAACACAAAGUUGGCAUUACACAAUAAGAAACAGUGACACAUUUACACAAGGCUGGAAUAUUUUUAAGCUUCAUCAAACAUCUUAGAUAGGAGUAGAGACCCAACGGCAUCAAUAUAAAAUUGCUUCUCGAAGUCAGAAGAAGCGAAAAGAUUUGUGAAAAAUGUCCACAACUACUGAAGAACCCACAACAGCGUUAGAUUUCACUUCGACGUUCACCGGCAGCAGUAAUGGAGAUCUAAUAGCGACGCCAGCGUUAAAUAGCGAGGAGUUUGCCAAUCUAACCUACGAUGAUGAAAAGAGCAUCUUCACACAUCCCACAUUAGCAGAAUACUACAAUAACCUCACGCCCUUCGUCACACUCUGCAUAUUCGUCUCCGUCUUAACAUUUAUGCUCAACAUUUCCAUAUUUCUCACGACCUUGGCUAAACUUCAGCAACGUCUACGCAAGCCUCUGCUGGCUCCAUCGAUAGCGCUUGUGUCCUUGUACCCGCUCAUCAGCCUCGCAGCGUUGCUCACACUACUCUUGCCGAAGCUAUGGUUCACCUUUCACACUGUUAUGCAUCUCUCGUUUACGGUCGGCGCCGUUUUCUUCUAUCAGUUGUGCAGCCAUUUUAUUGGCUCCGAGACCAGUUUCAUUAAGGAGACAGCGGGCAUGGCUGUGCCGAUUAAGACGCCACCAUGUUGUUGCUGUUGCAUAUGUUUACCAGGUGUGACGCCCACAAGGGGGCGAUUUGUAGUAUUGCGAUGUCUCGUGUAUCAAAUGGCAUUCGUUCAGGGGAGCAUAAUGUUGGUGUUGAAUGGCAUUUUCUACAAUGAUAUGGCCUUAUUCCACGAUGUGCAAUACUAUUUUCUGCCAUUCAUCAUUACUUCUAUUAUACUCGGUUCAUGGGGACUGAAUAUAACGGUGCGUGUGGUGAAUAAUUUACAUUCGGAUUAUAGUACAACGAAAAAAAUGUUCGCACUUCAGCUAAUUUUAUUGCUGUGCAAGAUGCAGUAUCUCAUACUGGACAAGCAGCUGGAUAAACUGUUACUGGGCGGCGACUAUCCGAUGAAUCAUAUUAUCUAUAAGCAGUCUAUCAUCAACAGCUUAGUCGUCGUGGAGAUGGUUUUGGUGUCGCUACUCGCUCAGAGUGCUUACAGAAUUCCAGUUAUAAUCGACGAUAAUUGA